GUUAUCUGUAGUCUAACAAUGUUGUUUCUGUUGUCUCUGUCUCUGGUUCGUUUUCUGGCAAGUACCUUAUCUAUUUCAAAAACGCGUUUGCUGAUGUUUCUGCUUUCUCUAGGUUUUUCUCUCUAUUUGUUUGGUUUUGUCUACUGGUGUUGCUCUCUCCAUGGCUUUCAGUGUUCGAUCCUAAUCGUUGUUGGCCUGUUAUUAGCCAAUGAUUUACUUUCUUAUCUUACUACCUCGAGAGCGUUGGUCUGCAGCGGGAUGAAGGGUAGUCGCUGGGAGUUAUUGACGGUUUCUUAUAACUAUCUGGCAUUUCCUAGUGUAUCGCAAGCCUGA